UGUUCCCAUUUCUAACCUGUACGAUCUUUGCUCUUGUAAAAAUCCCCAAGCAACCAGUGUCUGCAGUGCAGCAGAGUAGUGGAGUGGGAAGGAGUCAACUAGAAACAAGUGUAUCUGACACUUUAGCUGAUUGAAACCUUUGUUUCCUGGGAGACUGGCUGCACUGACUCUCACAGGCUGAAGAUGGUGGAGCCUUCUGACAUCGUGGCCCUGGACUGCGAGAUGGUGGGCAUGGGACCAUUCGGAACGGAAAAUGGAUUGGCCCGUUGCAGCAUUGUAGAUUACUAUGGCAACGUGGUCUAUGACCAAUUCAUCCGACCAGAGGGUGUUAUAACCGCUUUCAGGACCUCUGUGAGUGGAGUUCGCCCAGUGGACAUGGAAGGAGCCACACCAUUCAGGGUAGCCCGGGAACAGAUUUUACAGAUCUUGAGACGCAAGCUGGUGGUUGGCCACGAUUUACGUCAUGACUUUGAAGCACUGAAAGAAAACAUGUGGCGCUACCGAGUCUAUGACACGUGCAAUGACCGGCUGCUGAGAAAGGAAAGCGGGCUGGGAAACUCCAGGCGGGUCUCCCUCAAGGUCCUUUGUGAAAAGCUGCUCAAGAAAAGCAUUCAGACUGACAGAGAGGGCCACUCCUCUGUGGAAGACGCCAGGUCGGCCAUGGAGCUCUUCAAGUUUGCCAGGUCAAAAGGGGAUGGAUCCAUUUAAGGGACUUCUUGCUUCUCUCGGUCUCGUCGUUUCACACGUGCAGCUGCGCUGAAGGUUAUGGGACGGGCUCCUAGUAACGUGUCCAGUGAUGAUCUUAUGGGCCGAGCAAAUGUCCCACGUGGGUAGGGUGACCAUAUUUCCCAAGGGGAAAACAGGACACCACGCGGGGCUGGCCCAAGGGCCUCCCUCUCCUAUGGGGCUGGCCCUAGGUGGUCGCUUGAGCCCCUGUCCCCAUUCAAGGCUGGGGUUGCUGCUCAUUUGAGCUCUGUCUGCCACACGAGGCUGUCGCUGCUCGCAUGAGCCCUGCCUGCUCCCCUGCCGCACGAGCUAGCGUUGGUGCACGUCCCCAUCUCUCCCCUUCCCCCCCCUGCACGUUCCUCUGUGCCACACUCCGCUUUUUUGACAAAAGUGGGCAUUUGUUCCAUUUGCUCUUGCCAACUGAUCAAGUUGGCAAGAGCAAAUGGGAGAAAUACCCACUUUAACCAAAAAGUCAGGAUGGCUUAAAAAAAGAGACUGUCCUGGCCAAUACAGAACAUAUGGUCACCCUACACAUGGGGUCACUUUAACAUAGGCUAGGUGGCACUCAUAAAAGGGAUCUGCAUUUCAUUUACUAAAUGAUUUUUAAAAAUGAGAAACCAUUCAACAAUUGUCAACACUGCAGCCGGGCCUGUAGCAGAGGCCAUGAAAGCCUGGCUUGGGUCAGCUGUUUCUACAGCUGGGAGUAGAGCCGACAGUGGGAGGGCUGCCCUUUUGCAGGGAUAUGACCCUUUUUCUACAAUAUAAAACAACCACAAUAAUGCUCAAGAAUCAGAGGGGUUUUGAUCACCCCCUGGUGGCCUCUCAUCUUGGAUAUACAUGUAGAAAUACAAGCUCGGUAUGGAUAAUGAACCCAUCGCAUUAGGCUUGAGGCAACCAACCCAUGGGUCCCCAGAGCUUCUGAUAUGGCCACAUGCAUAACUUAGGCUCCAUGUGGAAUAAAAGCUAGAGAUCCUUAAUGGCUGGUAUAGGGACUAGUAUGUAGUGCUAAAGAGUCUUGCGAGUAUUUUGAAAGAAGUAUAAAAAUGUCUCCUGAGAACAGGGCAGCUGAGGUCUGAGGCUGGGAGUCAGGUGACUGAGUUCUCAUCCGCAGCUCUGCCACUGAAACAGUGUUCCAUGUUGGCCCAAAUAAUACCUGCGACAGCUUCCCCAUCUGUAAAAGGGGAGGUAGGGAGGGAUAAUGCCGCUUGCCCAGCUUCGUGAAACGCUUUCAGGUCUCUGGACACAAAAUGCUAUAGAAGUCUGAUUAUUGCUAUAAAUGAAGCGCAUGGUCUUUGCAUUGCAACACAAUGUUUUGAAUAAAAAUAAA